ACAAACAAGCAAAAAAAAUAGUCAUCUAUACAUUAUAAAUUAAGGUUUGUAAAUUAUUUUCAUCUAUUCAACAUGUGAAGUAAAGUAAACUGCUUUAUAGUCAGCCAAUGGCAGUUUUAUCACAAAGGGGUCCAUUAGCGUUGUCAUUGGCCUGUGAGGACUUGCUCCACACCGAAACAGCGGGAGUAUUUCAGAGAUGAUUAGGUAGACUAAUUUCAGUAACGUACUCAAGAGGAUACAAGCAGCGCCGCCCAGUCCUCUCCCACUUGUUUGUUUCAAGUGAAAUCCAUCGCAGCCGUGCUCGAUUGACACUGUCUGCUGAUCUGCUACUGCGGCUGGCUCGGAAUAACAAGGCAGUUUGUUAAUACGCGUCUAUCGGGGCUUUCUCCGAUUCACCCAGCGGAAAAAAAAAUCCAACAAGGCAGUCCGUAACAUCACGCAGCUCAGGUUCCUCACCCAAGGAUGGCUUCGGGGGAGCUUUAUGAGGUGGAGCGGAUUGUGGACAAGCGCAAGAAUAAAAGGGGCAAGUGGGAGUACCUGAUCCGAUGGAAGGGUUAUGGGAGCAAGGAGGACACGUGGGAGCCCGAGCAUCACCUGCUGCACUGCGAGGAAUUCAUAGACCAGUUCAACAGCCUGCGGCUUCAUGGGCGGCGUCCGAAGCCGGCAAAGCACGGUGGCUCCACGGCCCGCUGCCCGGGCCAGCCCGGCAUCCACGACACCUCCAAGCCCCGUGGGGAAGGCCGCAAAAAAAAAAGGACAAGUGGGGCAGGAGGUGGAGGGACAGGGCUGAGGCGUGGUGGAGGCGGCCCAGGACUGACCACUCCACAGAAACCAAGAAAGAUGUCUGCAAGCAAACUCUGCGGUGACAGAGUGACAAAACCUAUGACAUACAAGAGCAUGUCUGCAGGGUUACAGUUUGGGCCGCCCAUCCGGGGUCCCACUAACGGACUACAAAAUGGAGAAGGGGACCCACUCCAUUACAGGACAACUGCCAGAGGCCAGGGUGUGCCCAGCAGCAGAGUGGAGAAGGUGAUUGGAGACAUGGAGCCCAGUGGAGCUAUGUCACAAUUAGGAAAUGAAUUAGGAACCCCAAUCCCCAACGGAGAUGCACACUUGCACAGCUCAGCCAAACGGAAGCUGGCUGAGGACAAAGGCUAUGUUUUCGACAAAAGACUGAGGUACAACGUCAGGCAGAAUGAGACCAGCUACAGGUUUCGUGACAUCGUGGUCAGGAAGGAAGAGGGCUUCACACAUGUUUUGCUGUCAAGCCAGACAUCAGACAACAAUGCACUAACCCCAGAGAUCAUGAAGGAGGUGUGCCGAGCUCUGGGCAGUGCGGCAGGCGAUGACAGCAAGCUCCUGCUGCUCAGCGCCGUGGGCAGCGUCUUCUGUGGCGGCCUGGACCCUUCCUACCUGAUCGGACGGCUCUCCACAGACCGCCGGAAAGAGAGCAGCAGGAUCGCCGAUGCUGUGAGAGACUUUGUGAAGGCCUUCAUCCACUUCAAGAAGCCCAUCGUGGUGGCCAUCAAUGGGCCUGCUCUGGGGCUGGGGGCCUCCAUCCUGCCCCUCUGUGACAUCGUGUGGGCCAGCGAGAGAGCCUGGUUCCAGACACCUUGUGCUGCUCUGCGUCUCACACCCUCUGGCUGCUCUUCUUAUACGUUCCCUCAGAUCCUUGGAGUUGCUCUGGCCAAUGAGAUGCUGUUUUGUGGCAGGAAACUGACAGCCCAGGAGGCGUGCAGCCGUGGGCUGGUCUCGCAAGUGUUCUGGCCCACCACCUUCAACCAGGAAGUAAUGCUGCGGGUGCAGGAGAUGGCUGCCUGCAGCGCUGUGGUUCUAGAAGAGUCCAAAUGCAUGGUGCGAAGCAUCCUGAAGUCUGUCCUGGAGGAGGUGAACGAGAAGGAAUGCCAGAUGCUUAAACAGCUGUGGUGCUCCACCAAGGGACUGGAAGCUCUUUUCAACUACCUUCAAAAUAAGGGUUAUGAUGCCUAAUUUUCAGCCCUUCUCCAGUCUUUGAGAACUGUGUCCACAAGAUCAAAGACCCUCAGCUGCCAUGCCAUGAAGUGUCACCCCCCCCCUCCCCCCACACCCCCCCACAGCUGAAUCGGGCACAUCUACUUUGAGUAGUCAAUGAUGUCAUAUCCUUUGAAUGAGAUUAAACUAAGCCAAGAAUACAAGUUUUUUGGUUUGUUUUGUUGCUUUUCUUUUAACUACAAAUCCUUGGUAUCAGAGGGAUUCUAUUUCCCAAGGAUACUUUAAAGCCAGCCAUUUUCGUACACUGAAAAUUUUACAAAAUAAUGAAUGCCUUUAAUGUUUUCAUUCUUUAUUUAUUUGAAAUCAAGCCAUUUUGUAAGGUUAAAAAUAAUUGAAUAAUUGUAUGUAAACGUGUACAGUGUAGAUAAUUUGAUUGUUGUGUAUUGUCUUUUUGUUUUCUCUCAUCUCUGAAGGGGUGAUUUUCAUACCAAAGGUCCUUGGUAAGAUUAUUAAUCUUUUUACCUUAAAAGCAUUCCUGUCAUAUAUUAUUGUCCAUGUGCUAUAUGACAUGACCUCAGUUGAGUGCAGUAGUGAUGGGUUAGCAACAUUGCUGUUAACUGCAGUGCCUCUUUGCAAAUCGCAGUCACACAUUUUAUUCCCCUAAAUCGACAGAGGUUCAGAUCUACCUUGGUGAUGCUGUGAAGCUGUCAGUCUUUGGUUGUUAGAUGCUACCGAUUAUACUGCAAACUACCCUCGCCGUCUUGAACAUUGAAUGUGAUGAUUAUUCCCUUUUUUCUGUCUGAUUAGUAGUCUGAUGAUAUG